GAGAGAACGAAAAUAGUGUAGAAUACGGUCGCCAACAACUAAUUGUGUGAUAUAGAAACAAUAGACCAGCAAUUACCGCCCUCGGGUUGCACGGGGACGGUCCGGCCGAAGGUCCGGUUCUCUGGCCCGCUGUUUCUGCUGCCGGCAAAGUGUGCGGCACGCAAGUCUGGAUUCUUGCAGCACUCGUAGGACUUGUCGUUCGCUCCGAUAAUUGAUUGGCUAAUCGGUGGUAGUUGGGUGAUCGAUUGCCCUCUGCCGCUAUCUUGGGUUUGGAAAGAUCCUUACCAUCUGCGCCACAGCUAGCUAGAACUGUGCAAAAUUCCAUCCACCGUGAAGCUCCAGAAACUAUCACCCUUGCCCAUCUGCGGUAGUGGUAUAACCUAACAGCUGUUCGUGUACGACUGUUGUAGAAUCGAGGCGGAUAUUUUUUCUAAUUUACGUCCAACCAGUUUCUUUGCACCCAAACCCUCAUAUGUCGAGGUUUGUUUUGAAUUAUUGAAACAGUGAACAUAAAGGCCAUAUGAGCGUUAAGACCGGGUAGCAACAAGUCGCCAAUUUUUGUGAGAGAAAAUUCAAUCAAACAACAUCAAAAUGACCUCAAGGGAACGCGAAACUCAUCUUUACCGAUUGAAGCAAUUCUUUCGCAUCACACGAUCCGGAAGUGUGUCCAGCUCUCGUAAUGAUCUACCCAUCUCCCCGGAGCUGGAGCGUGAACUUCGUCCCGAAACCCCGGUAACGCAGCGCUGCAAGGCGCUGAAGGACUUUGGCGAGCAGGUAAUGUCGUCGCGACUCGAACCGGACGCCGUCCAGUCCCUGUGGGAGCUGACGAAGGAUUUGCUCGUCGGUAACAAGUUGAUGGAGCAGCGCCAGUGUGCCCUGGCCUUCUACUGCAAGCUGAUCCAGGGCCAGUACGAUAGCCUCGGGUUAAUGCGAGCCCAGUUCUAUCGGGUGAUCGUGAGUCACAGCGAACCGGAGGACAUCGGGUACCGGUUGGAGAUGCUCAAGCAGCUGACCGACACGGGCAAGCAAAUUCAAAACUUUGAGAAGGAAAUUGGCCCGUUUCUGCUAGAAUGGAUCAAACCGAUCGACGAAGCGGGACUGAUCGAUCCGCUGCUGGAGCUGAUCGUGAACUUGAUCAAGUACAACGCGGCCAGCCUCGAGCCGAAGUUUCUCGUCGGCGUCGUGUCGUACAUCUUUGACAUGACGUGCAAAAAGCAGGAGACGUCCACGAUUCUGCUUUGCCUGUCGGUGCUGGAUUGCUUCAUCUGUUACGCGAUCAUACCGAACGAAUCGCUCACGCUCUUCAUCAUCAUCCUGUGCCGCAUGGUGAACCAGGAGGCGUACUGUCAGCACUCGUGGAAGAUUAUGAAAAACCUCUUCGGAACGGCUCUCGGUCAUGCGACGCUGCUCACCAUGUGCAAUAUACUGAACAAUCCGGCCUUCCAUCAGGACGAUGCGCUGCUCCGCGGGGCCAUCUUUCACACGAACGUGGGCCUGUGGGGUGUUGGCGGGUGUGUCGUACCGAUAUUGAACUGUUCGCCUUCCCUUGUGCUGACCAGCUUUUGGAAUGCUCUGAAAAGCCGCCACGUGGUCGUAACGUACGAGGUCAUUUUGAGCAUGAACCGGUUGAUUCAAAAAUCCGGCACCGAGCUGAAUGAACCGACAUGGGACAUUAUCUGCGACAUCAUGACAGAGAUCUCGCAUAACCUGGCCAUCCAUCGACUACCGGCCGAGCAUACCGUUCUGACGCACUUUCACGAUACGCUCAACAUCAUGGAGGGCAUUCUGCAGCAGGGGGCAAUGAACGCGGACCCGGAGAAAAUUUACGCCCUGAUCGAGAAGGUGUCCGCCGAGCGUCCGGAGGCGUCCGUGAAGCGGCUGAUCGAUUAUAAGGCAAGUAAAAUAUCGGCCACCCGGUCCGAGUGGCUACGACAGCUGUGUCAGUUCAUGGAUCGGUUCUAUCGGAUGAAGAACAGUAACGUGCGCAUCUACGCCGUGCAGGCCCUCGAGCGCAUUAUGGCCGCCAAUCGGGCCGCGUACGAAGACGAGAUCCUGGAGCGCAUCGUGAUCGUGCAUCUCGGUAGUGUGCCGCUGGAGAAGGACGCCGAGGUUCGGAAAGCGGUCGCCCGCACCCUGAUCGAGUUCACGAUACACUGCGAGACGAAGCGCUGCAUCGAGCUGCUCGAGAUCAUUGAGAAGCUGCUGCACCGGCCGUACGAAGAGAACCACGAGGUGCGCACAGAGCACGAGGUGGAAGAUGUGAUACUGUUAGUGGACGGACUGAUUCGGUUGUUCAUCGUCAAGCUAUACCGGUUGCCGUCGCUGCACGCGAUCCGGGUGUAUAGUAUGCUGAUCGGGCUGCUGGAGCUACACUAUCAGAAACCGAACGUGCUGGCCAAUGUGAGCACCAUCCGGUACCGGAUAUUCGCCUGGAUGAUGAAGGCACGGGCGAACGGGUCGUUCCACAUCGGCUAUCCGGACCCGGAGGACGAUAAUCGGGUGCGCUUCUCGCACUAUCUCGGUAUCGAGGGCCCGUACCAGCACCAGAGCCUGCAGCCGCAGCCGUACCUGUCGAGCCAGUCGUCUAGCCAGCUCAAUCUCACCGAUCAGCCGGGUGGGGGAGCGGAGCGCUCCUCGCUGGAUCGCAUUCCGGCGACGAACCUGACGACGAUCUCGAUCAAGCGCGGCUGCCAGGUGAUCGUGCUGUGCCUAAAGGAAGAAAAAGACUGGGAAGUGAUACAGCUCGUGCUGACCGAGCUGCCGAACGUGAUGCAGAAUAAGGCGCUGAUCCAGGGCAAUGACGUGGACUCGCUCGCCCGCACCCUAUACCGGAUGUACACCGAUCGGAUGCAGCUGGAGAAGCUGCAGGUGCCGGCAAAUAUGCUACCGAAGGUGUCCGACUACAUGGAACUGAUUUUGCCGGCCCUUUCGAGUCUCGCGAUGUACCACCAGCAUCUGGACUUUAACACGCAGAAGAACAUCAUCGAGGCGCUGAAGUUGGGGUUGAUCUCGAGACGGGCGCAGGACUGCAUCCGGACCCUCACGAUUCUGCUGCUCGAAAUGCCCGAACAGCUGAUGCCGAAGAUGGCUGAUCUGCUGCUCGAGCAGAGCAAGAUGACCAGCACGAAAACGGUCGCGUUGCCCGUGCUCGAAUUCCUUUCGACGCUGAUCCUCGUGCCGAGCUUCCGGUUUGGGAACUUUAACACGCGCACGUACAUGUGCGUGCUGGCGAUGUCGCUGCCGUACACGAACCCGUUCCGGUACGAUCACUACACGGUGUCGCUGGCGCACUACGUUGUGGCCGCAUGGUUUAUCAAGUGCAAGCUACCGAUGCGCCACCAGCUGGUGAAGUUCAUCGUGCAGGGGCUCGAGUCGUACGUGAAGGUUCCGUUUCAGGAUGGGUCGCGUUCGUUUUCGCAGGCCAACGAAGAUUCGUCGGAGCGCAAGCGCAGCUCCAGCCUGACGGAGCAAAGCUCUCGGCGGCGUGAUCGCAUCCAGGCGCAGCAGCAGCAGCAACAGCAAGCACAAGCGCAGGCCCAGCAGCAAUCGCAAGGCCAACAAAAAUCCCAGCAGCAGCACCAGCUCUCGAACACACCCGGCGGACAGUUGCUACAGCAGCAAGGGCAGCAGCAGGCCGGACCAAAGGGUACCGGUGUGUCGGGAGUUUCCGUGUCGAGCUCGUCCUCCACGCAGCGCGUUUAUCCGGUGUCCGGUCUCAACGACGAUAUGUGCAAGUUUCACUGCGAACUCGCGGAAACGUGCGUCGACUUUAUGGUGCGUCACACGUUCUCGCCCUGCUCCGGCAUCUCAAAGCGGCUCCCGUCGGCCGAGUUUCUGCUGUCCGGCGGCCAAUCGAUGACGUGGCUCGUCGGACACGAUCUGAUCACCAUCACGACGAGCGGCUGCUCGGGCGUUAACUUCCGCAAUGGGCUGUGCGAUCGGUGCCAUCAGUACUGUGUGGCCGCGGGCGUAACCUCCGCCACCGCCGGCCACGAUGCCAAACUGCACCAGCACCAGCAGCAGCAGCAUCACCCAGCACCACCACCACCAUCUUCCCUACACCAAUCCCAUCCAAUGCUCUCGAAGUCGAACAGUAGCGCGAGCACGACAACGACCACCAUCGGUGGGCAGCCGCUGUCGCCUGAACCACCCAGCAGCAGCAGUGCCUCGUCCGGCAAGGAUUCCGGUCUCUCCGGGAUCGGUGCGACCACCCACCACCAUCUGGCGGCGGCAUCCAUGGCGACGGACCACACCGACGGUAAACUUCCGGCCGUCGAAAACGGUGGAACGGUCGCGGCGCUUUCCACGGCGACGUCGAAUAAAAGGUAUACCAAAGCCAGUUUGCAACACAGUAGUGCAAACGAAUCUGACAGUACGGAUCUGACCACCUCGAGUUCGACCUCAUCGUCGACGGCAGCGACACCGUUCCCGGCUGGUCCGCACUCCGCCCACUCCGCGGGGCCCAUGUCGGCCGGUGCCGGAGGUUCGGCUUCGACUGUCGGUUCGUCCACCGGUGGCAAUCGGUUCUUCCGCCAGGGAUCACAGGAGGGCUACUCGUCCGGAUCGCUGGAGGCUUUGUCGCGCCGCGGUAGCAAUCCCGACUCCGUCGACCAUGGAGGGCCACCAGGCGCUGCAGGAGGUGCUGGGGGUGGUGAGUUGCUGCGGACAAGCUCGCUGGUGGCCCCAAGGGGACCACCGGGUCUGAUGGCGACGAUCGGCAAUCGGUUGAUACUGCCGCAGCAACUGGGCGGCUCGAUGACGGCCGGUGGCUCCUCGUCCUCGUCGGGCAUCGGGUUCGAUAGACCCGUGCAGCCGUGUGCCUGCGUUUGUACCGGCUGGGCGGAGGUGAGUGUGCGCCGACCGACGGGGUACACCUCGUGGAUUACGCGCAUCCAGAGCCAGGUUUCGCACGACAUCCUCGGUGGCGAUGUAGCGCUCCAGGACCUCACGUGUCUGUUUUCGCCCAGCGUCGGUGGUGGCAUGAUCGGAUCCGAGUUUUCCACCUACAGUGGGGCCAGCGUUCCGCACGGAUAUGGAGCCGCUGGCGACUCACUGACUCCAUUCGGUAGUAACGCGGACAUUCCCGCGACCAUGACGGAUCGCUUCGCCCAUUCGGACGCGCCCAAUGCAGGCAGUGUCGACCAGAUGAAUCCACCCUCGAAUGUCGCGUCACCUCCAGUGUCUGCCUCCGCCAUCGGUGCGGUCGGUUCCCGCGCAAAGGUUUCCAUCUCGGACGACGUGUUUGAGCUGACGAAGAAGAGUGACCCGAAGAAGAAACACUCGGUAGAGGAAGAGCACGAGCAGAGUGAGGAUGAGGAGCUGAAGAACGUGCUUCAGGCGGGUGAAAGUGGGUCGCUUAGUGGCGGUGGAUCUGGGCCGAUCAAUAUUCCACGCAACAAGCAUCCGGCGGCCGUGUCCGAUGACGAUGAUGAUGGCGAUGAGGAUGAUGAUGAUGACGACGAUGAUGAUGACGAUGGUGAGGACGACAGUGACGACGAAAGGCGUGAGUCGUCGGGUCGGGGACGGUACGACGACCACCACGAGGGUGUGGUGUUCGAUGAUCCGGAGGGACGUUCGAUGCGUAAAACGGUGCGUCGGGUUAACUCGAGUCCCGAGAUGGGGUCCAAGUGGAAUAGCAAGUAUCUGAGCAAAGCGGCCGCAAAGGCGGACAUUUCGGGACCACCGUUGACGAUGGUUGACGCUGGCGCCGGUGGUGGUGGUGGUGGCGGUGGUGUGGGAACGAAUGAAACAUUCACAAACACGACGGUAAACGCGCCCGUCCAACCGGAAGGCUCAAUGGUGGAGAAGAAAAAAUCGUCCACUUACGGCAAGGGCGUCAGUUGUGAGGCCAUUCCGGAGGAAAUUGCCGGAUCUACGCCACCUCCACCGAGUAUGUUGCGUACCCUUGGAGCCGCGCCCACGGUGGACCCGAUACUGUCAACAGUGGCACCCACGGUGCGGGGUACGAUGGCCGCGAAACAUCAGGCCGAGUUCAGUGCGGCCAAGUCGGCAAUCACCACUUCGCUGCCGGAGACGAACACCCUCGAGCCGCCGGCCGGUGGCCUAGCACCGAGGAAACAACAUUCGGCCGACGAUGCAAUGGCGCCCGGCACCAACCAAAGCCGCUCCACCCUGCUAGAUGGAGGUGCCUCGAACGAGACAAUAAACCUUCCACCGGGCACCGGUGCGGCGUCGAUGGUUCCGGCCGCCAACACGAUCGCUCCGAUCGCCCUGCAUCCGAUCACGCAAACGUCGUCCGCGUCAGCCCUCAGCCUAAAGCUGCCGAUGGAGAAGGUUACGAGCAAACCGCCACAGUCACCGGUACCGCUGUCGCCGCGACUUCUCGCCCGAAACACCGCCAACCUGAAGCAGUCCAACUCGGGCACCGCCUCUCCAUCGUUCCCGUCGAUGAUGGCGGGAGGUGGGAUCGGAGGUGGCACAGGUAUUGGGGGCGCCGGAAGCAACGAUAACGACGUUCCGCGUGGCCGCUCGAAGACCAUUUCGACCGUGCGCGAGCACUACUCGCGCGAUGGCUCCAAGUGGAGUGCCUCGAACGUGGCGCGGAUGCGUAAUGAACCCCUCAGCCGGACGGUGGUCAGUCCGAGCUUCGUGUUUCUACAGCUCUACCAUCACGGGCAGUUCGGUCCGGAGCGCCCGGUGCUGAUGGACAAGGAUCCGGAGAAGGCGAUCGCGCUGCUCGAUCUGAUACCGCCGUUCGAGAUGCACAAGAUCGGCGUGCUGUACGUCGGGCCGGGUCAGGCGGGCAACGAGACGGAGAUACUGAAGAACCGGUACGGUAGCCUGCGGUACGCGGAGUUCCUCAGCAGCCUCGGUACGCUGGUCGCGAUCAAGGAUGCCAAAGAGAAGAACAUCUUCAUCGAUCUCGAGAGCAACGGGAAGGACGGUGCGUUCACGUACAUCUACCAGGACGACAUCGUGCAGAUCACGUUCCACGUGGCGACCCUGAUGCCUAACAAGAAGCAGGAUCCGCACUGCAACGAGAAGAAGAAGCACAUCGGGAACGAUUUCGUCACGAUCGUGUACAACGAGAGCGGCGAGCAUUACGAUCUGAAAACGAUCAAGGGUCAGUACAAUUACGCCUGCGUAGUGGUGGAACCGAUCGAGCUUAACAGCAAUCGCGUUUUCGUACGAUCGAAGGAUGACAUCUCGCAGCACGUGACGCGGGAGACGAAGAUCGUGUCCGACCAUACGGCGCCAUUGCUCGCCCGCCAGAUGGCACUACAUGCUAAUUUAGCCUCGCUGGUGGCACAAUCGUUGAAGACUAAAAACUCGAGCCCGUACGCCUCGAACUGGCUGGAGCGGUUGCGCAAAAUUAAAAACAUCCGCUCCCGGUACGGUCAGCAGUUGCUGGAGCAGGAGCAGCAGAAGCAGCAACUGCAACAGCAGCAGCAACUGCAGCAGGGUGGCUCGGCGAACGAUCUCAGCUCGACCGCCAGCACCUUGGGCGGAGGCAUCAUGUACCGCGUCGAUGACUUCUCCAAGUACACCGUCUGAGUUCGGUUCGUGUUUGUCCCACUACGAACAUCAUAUUAAGAUCAGGGAUGGUCUCAGAAGCGUUCGUGAGAAUGCAAAGGGUCGAACGCAGACCGCAAGCAGCAAGGCGGGGGACCGUUCCUUGGGCAUUGUUAUAUCUAUAUCAAUUUUUAUUGCUCUUUUGUCUAACCAUUUUCCGUAGCCUUCAUUGCACCACGCGAAUAAUGAAGCUCUAUAAUGAGCCUGUGAUGGUCAGUAACGAACGUUGAAGUAGCAUCUUCUUCCUAAAAAGAAUCCCCACUAGCCAUCGCCGUCGUUCGCACACACCUGUUGAGUUCUGCUCGUCAUGGGUCAAUGAGCCAACAUGUGCAUUCGUGUACUAAUUGGCAUUUUUGAACUUCCCUUCCCAACACUUUAACCUUAGCCGGGGAGAAAUCCUAAGCGAAAAGUUCUUCUUCAUGGAUAUUAUCCAGUGUUGGGCAGCGAGAAAGGCAGAGUGAGCGAGAGAGGGUGUGAGACAAGUUUAAUUCCAAAUCCGUACUAAUACCGAGCGAGGUUCCUCCGUGUGGACAACUUGGAAGUAGCAGCUAAAGGCACAUCGAAUUCCGCAAGGAAGCAGACUUGCUCGUUGCCAACAUUGUGUAUGAUUGUUAACUCCGCCAGCAGAACGAAACGAAACAAAAGGAAGACAUUUUGCUACAACUGAUGACGCAAUAUCAAUAAUGGUUUGCAUACUUGUUAUCGUACAAAUAAAACUGAAGAUACCA